UCUCCGUUGAGCGUCAGUGCCAUGACAACAGGACGAUGGCUGCAAGCGACAGGGGGAGUGUGAAUGUGAUUUCUGCGUGAACGAGGAGGGGGAAAACAACACUCCGCUGCUUUUACGCCCUGCGUCGUUGUGCGUGAAGAGGCAGCAUGUCUCUGUUCAAAGCUCGUGAUUGGUGGUCGGCAGCUCUUGGCGAGGGGGAGGAGUUUGACCAGGGAUGCCUGUGUGUGGGAGACGUGGACAACAGCGGCACCGGACAUGACAAAGUGGUGGUGGGCAGCUACAUGGGAAUGCUGCGCAUCUUCUCCCCACAUACCCACAAGUCCAGUGAGGGAGGGGUAACUGACGCCCAGCUUCUGGAAGUCCAGCUGCAGAAUGCCAUCAUCCACGUGGAAGUGGGCAAGUUUGUCUCGUGUUCUGAGCUUCUUCACCUUGCUGUUCUCCAUCCCAGGAAACUGUCUGUCUACUCUGUUUCAGGCACAGCAGGGAACGUGGAGCACGGUGACCAGUACCAGUUGAAGCUGGUUUAUGAACACAACCUGAAGAGAACGGCCUGCAACAUGACUUAUGGCACCUUUGGAGGAGUUACAGGUCACCACUCCCUGUGUAUCCAGUCUAUGGACGGGAUGCUGAUGUUCUUCGAGCAGGACAGUUACUCCUUUGGCAGGUUCCUCCCUGAAUUCCUGCUGCCCGGCCCACUGGUCUACAACAGCAGAACAGACAGCUUCCUCACCGUGUCCUCCGCACGCCAGCUGGAUAGCUACAAGUACGAGACUCUGGCCGUGGCGACAGAAGCAGAGAGUCGACAGGAUCCUGACCUGCCACUCAAGACUGGAGGCAAGAGGCUGAUGCCUGACUGGACGUUCGUGCUGGGAGAACAGGCACUGGAACUCUCUGUGCCCUCCUUCUCCCACGCCUCCUCCUCUAUCUUCGUCCUUGGCGAGAGGAACUUCUACUGUCUCCGAGACAAUGGCCAGAUUCGCUUCAUGAAGAAGCUGGAGUUCAACCCCAGCUGCUUCCUCCCCUACGCUUCAGUGACGGAUGGCUCAACCAACCUAUUGCUAGGUAACCACACCAACAUGCUGCUGAUUUACCAGGAUGUGACUCUGAAGUGGGCGGCGCAGCUCUCCUUUGUGCCCGUGGCCGUUCGCGUCGCCAACUUCCCCGAGUUAAAGGGAGUUGUGGUCAGUCUUAGUUCAGACGGUCACCUCCUGUGCUCGUACAUGGGCACAGACCCCUCCUUUUUCACCACGCCCAAGGUGGAUGCCAGGGAGGCCGACUAUGAGCAGGUGGACGCCGAGAUGAAGAAGCUGCAGAAGUUCAUCCGAGAGGCCACAAGGACUCAGGACAUCCUCCGUAAGCCUGACGCUGAGGAGGAGCUGACGGUUAAAGCUUCUGUGUCCUCCAGCGUGGACAGCCCCUCGCAAGCCCUGAUCCAAGAUGUCGAUGGUCUGCCCAUCCCUUCAGUGACCAUUCAGGUGAAGGUGAAGGCCAGUUGUGUUGUGCAGUCCUCUAAGCUGACCGUCGGCGUUCAGCCUCCUCUGGCCGUCACUCAGGACCAGUUUGUCCUCGAGCCAAUGGGUGUUGGUUCCUCCACAGUUGUGGUGUUUUCGGCUUUUCUCAACGGCCGCUAUCCCCCAGCCGACCUCACUGGAGACAUCACCGUGUCCUUCAGCUCGCCAACAGAGCUAAAUCCCACAGGAGUUCCCAGGGUUCUCCAGUCCAGGUUCAGUCUUCCUCUUCUGUUGGUGUGUGUUCCCUCCUCUCCGGCCAAAACCUCCAAGUUUAAGAUCACUGUGGACACCAACCAGCCGCCAGUCAACCUCAACGCCAUCUUCCCAGAAUUUUCAGGGAAAUCCGAAGAUAAGGACGGUAAUACUCUGGCCCUCCAGUUCCUGUCGGGAGCCAAAGUCACCGUGGUGGCCUCCAAGACCUCCCAGCGUUAUCGCAUCCAGAGCGACAGUUUUGGGGACAUGUGGUUGGUGGUGAAGGAGCUGGUUCAGAGGUUCGACCAACAUUUCUCCAAACUGGGAGUCAAGGACUUCAAGAAAAGCUUCAAUGGGCCUCUUCCACUGCAGGACUACUUCCUGUCAGUGGACCACCACUUCCAGCUGCGUGUCAGUGCUCAGCAGUACCAGGACCUGCUGUCGGAGCGAGCAGUCCAGUUCAGAGCCAUCCAGCGCCGCCUGCUGACUCGAUUCAAAGACAAAACCCCUGCACCGCUACAGAACCUGGACACACUGCUGGACGCCACUUACAGCCAGGUGAUUGCGCUGGCGGAGGCUGCGGAGGAGAACCGGGCUCUGCUGGAGGAGGCGUUCGUCCGUCUGCGCAGCGCCACCCACCUGCUGGUGCUGCUGCUGUCGCUGCUGCAGGGCCUGACCCCCGAGCAGACCGCCAUCCUGGAGGCCACGCUGCUGCCGCUGCUGCAGGACACGCCACAGCUGGGCUGGGAGGAGAGCUGCGACGCCGCUGUCUCCCACCUCCUGCGGACCUGCUUAUCGUGGAGCCCCAAGGACCAGGCCACAUCUCUGGCCCAAGCGGGAGGCCCGGUGCUGAGCCUGCCCCAUGACACUGCCCGCCUCAAGAAGCACAUCACCCUGCUGUGCGAUCGCAUCGGCAAGGGAGGCCGUCUCACCCUGGCCUCUGAGGCCAACGCCCCGGUCCCCGCCCAGGUCCAGAACCUGGCUGCUCCUGGAGGUGUUGAGCCCAUCGCAGAGGGCGCUGGUGGUGGAGAGGAGCUUGAACUUCCACAAGAGGCCACCAAGUUCAUCAGGAAGAAACAACCAUCGAAAAAAGUCAAGAAAGAUAAAGACUCCAAAGAGAAGAAAGAGGUGUCCAGGGAUCCGUCGGAGGCCACCGUGAGGGAAGAAGCAGGAGGCGCAGAGGAGCCAGUCAAAGAGGCGAAAAGGGAAAAGAAGGAGUCGUCCAGGGAGAAGAAGGAGUCCAAGAAGGACUCAAGCAAAGAGCCGAAGGAGGAGGAGGCGAAGAAGGAGUCCAAGAAGGAAUCGUCAGCCUCCAAGGAGAAGAAAGAGUCAUCGAGGGAGAAGAAGGACAAAGAAAAGGAAGGGAAGGACGCAGGCAAGGAAACGGGGGACAAGAAAGUGUCCAAGAAGGCUUCGGUAAAAGUGAAAGAGAAGAAGAAGGAGCCAGAGGUCGGGGACGGUUGACAGAAUCAGUGCAAUAAGCUCAGAUGACGCGUAAACAAAAAUACAACAUACGUGUCUAAACAUUAUGCACAUACACAGGUACAGGGGCUCACACAUACAGCAGUUAUAUACAUACAUGUGUAUACAUAACUUGACAACACACAUGUGCAGCCUAAAUAUACAUUUACAUGUAAAUAUACUCAUGGCCACAUUUCUCAGUAGCAAGGCAAUUUCCUCCCAGACGCAUAUUUACAUCGGCUAGUAAUAACUGAUCCCCAGACACACACACACACACACACACACACACACACACACACACACUGCUGCUGCUGGACCACAACACAUUCAGUAGUUUCGGUGUGUGGGCAUCGAGUGACUGUGGUGAGGUCUGAGCCCAGGCAGAGUGAGGACCAAGGCAGAAUCUUCCUCCUCCUCCUCCUCCUCCUCCUCCUCCUCAGACAUUUCGCUGACUCUCUCCUUCCUCCUCGUCUUCUGCAUCGAGGCCCCGGCAGCAGUCGAACCCGCAGCCCUGCGCCUCCUCUAAUCCCAGUCCGACCCCAAACCACCCCCCCGCCCACGCUCGCCUCUGGAUGGGAUGUCAGAACCGCCCUCUCGCCCCCUCCUGUGGCACCGGGCCUCGCCGGAGCCUCCCCCGCCUCGCCGCUAAGAAUAAACCGCCCGCCGCGUCCAGCCGCCUGGCUGCUUCCGGGUAAAUCAAGGCCACAUCCUACAGCCACCUUCACCACCAGCCCCUCUGACCUCCGCCAGUCAGUUUAUGUGUUGUUUCUUUCUUUUUAAUCUGGGACACUCAAGGACACGCAGCUGCUGAUGGACACAAACUCGCUGCUGCCGGGUCAAAACCUGAGAAUGUUUUUGCUCGGCGGAAACCAACAGGGCGUUUCUGGAAAAAGCAGGGUGGCAAUCGGGAGCGGAGAAGAGUCUGCAGGGCCAAGUUCUACACCCGAGGCCUUUCUUCCGCUCAUCUUCAAGAACAUCAUGAAGCGGAGGCUCGAGUCGCCUGCGAUGUCAGCAGCGUAUAAUCAACCAUCUCCGAACGAUUUGGUUUCAUGCAAUAUGUUACUCUAAGACGACUGUUGCCAGGGUCAGAGGAAGAACAGAGUCUCUCAGCAGGUUUUAGAAUGAAACAGACACAGUUUGAAAUAAUAAUAGUCAGUUCCAUCAAAUAACGACAAAUAAAACAUAUUUCCUUGCUUUUGGAUGAACCUCAUGGUGCAGACCGGUGGUUUGUGCACGUUCUGAGCAGGGAAGUACAGAAAUGGCACCAAAUGUCGGAUCAGAUUUACAGUCAUAAUAAUUUGUAGACAAAAUGUAAUCUCUGAGAAAAAGAGUGUCAGCCUCUUUGGUUAAAUGAACAAAAAAUGAUUAUAUUCCCUAAAGUCCGAGAAGAAGAAAAGUAUUGUACUGAACUAUAUUUUCUCUAGUCGACUGAAGCAGGUCACAGCUUCUGUCAUUUAACUGACCUUUGACCCUGAUCUAGUUUGGCUGUAUUUCUUUAUGUUUGUGUCUUUAGAAUUUAAAUAUUUGGAACUGAGACCACAGAAAACAAAUGAACUUGAACAAGCAUCAGUUUACAGAGGUUCCCCCUGGAUCUAUACUGGUUCACACUGCAUUGAAUGUUUGAGAUGUAGAGUUUUGUACUGUUGUCUUAGCUGUUCAGAUGAGCGGGGCUCCUGUUCUGACUCUGCUUUUGUAGCCACCGUUCAUUCCCAAAGGAGAAGCUCAGCACUUCAGACCAACUGACAACUCUGUGGGACGUUUGCAGCCUGAAAAAGAUUGCCAACCGAGGAGUUUGAGAAUGAAAUAAACGUUAUUUAUGAAAUAUUUAGUAAUAAAAGUAAAUAAAAGACUGUAAUAGA